UAUAAUAGACAUCCUUUGUUUCUCAACUUUGUACUUGUUUCUUUUUUGGAGAAAAAAAAAAUAUGGGAAGCCUUUACCUGGUUUUGGUGCUCUUGCAACUUUCAUGGACUUUGUCUUCCUCUCUUCCUCCUCCAUCCUCUCAUUUAUGUCUCCCACACCAGAGAGAUGCUUUGCUCCGUUUUAAAACCACCAUUUCUGUUGAUUGUUAUUUUAGUUAUGAUAGUGAUUAUCGAGAUCCUUACCCCAGGAUAGACAUAGAGUCAUGGAGCAAAAGCAUUGAUUGUUGUUCAUGGGACGGAGUGAAAUGCGACAAUGUGACUGGUCAUGUAAUCGGCGUCGAUCUUAGUCAGAGUUGCCUUGUUGGUUCUCUCUUUGCAAACAACAGCCUCUUUCAACUUCACAAUCUCCAAUGGCUUGACUUGAGCUCCAACAACCUCAGAGGCUCUCUUCUUGAGAACACCAGCAGCUUGUUUCACUUUCAUGGACUCCAACGACUCAACCUUGCUGAUAAUGAUUUCAAUGGCCCCAUCUCAUCGAAGUUAUUUAGCCAGUUGGUGAGUUUAACCCAUCUUAAUAUCGCGGGUAAUGAAUUCUCUGGCUUAAUCUCGAGAUUUGAUGGCCAAGGUUUUGACAUGCUUGUAACAAACUUGACCAAAUUAAGAAACCUUGUACUUAAUGGUGUAGAUAUGUCUGAUGUUGCACUUACUUCCUUUCUAAACUUGUCUUCAUCCCUUGAACAUUUGAGUCUCUCCCAUUGUCAAUUACAUGGGGAAUUUCCAACUCAAGUUUCUCAGCUUCCAAACCUCAAAUAUUUAGAUUUAAGUGAGAAUGAAAAUCUCACAGGUUAUCUCCCUAACACAAACUGGAGUAGUGGCCUUGAGUUGUUGGACCUUUCCCAUUGUGGUUUUAGGGGGCCAAUUCCAGCAACAUUUGGAAAUCUCACUAAAAUCAUUUCCGUUAAUUUACAACGAAAUUCGCUUGAAGGACAGAUUCCAGAUGUUUUUGGAGAGCUUAGAAAAUUAACUUCUUUGAGCUUUUCUUCAUGCAAUUUGAGUGGUCCACUUCCGACAACUAUCUUCAACCUCACAAAAAUUGUCGGUUUGGAUUUGUCAAAUAAUCACUUGGAGGGUCCCUUGCCAAAUCAUGUUAGUGGGCUUCAAUUUCUUGAGGGUCUUUGGUUACAUAAUAACUCUAUAAGUGGUGGAGUACCAUCUUGGUUGUUUACUCUGCCAUCUCCACUCUUGGACCUCAGUUAUAACAAACUAGUUGGUCCGAUUGAUCGAAUUCAGAAGCCUAGUUCCAUCCGAUCAGUUGAUUUGAGUAAUAAUAACAUUGGUGGUUCAAUACCGUAUUCCAUUUUUUAUCUUGUGAACCUUACUUCACUUGACUUGUCUUCAAACAACUUGAGUGGUGUGAUCAAGUCAGAUAUGCUUUCAAAACUCACGAGUCUUGAAGUUCUUGAUGUUUCAAAUAAUAGUUUAUUAUCAUUAAGCACAAGCGGCAAUGAUGUGAACUAUUCUUUCCCCCAGCUUAGAUCUGUGAACUUCUCUGGUUGUAGCAUAAGGCAGUUCCCGAAUUUCUUUCAAACAUCGAACUUGGAGGAAUUAGAUCUUUCAAAUAAUAUGAUUUCUGGUGGAAUUUCCAAAUGGGAAGCUGAAGGGUGGGAAGGAUUGCUAUCGUUGGACCUUUCUCAUAACUUUUUGAUUGCUUUGGACCAAUUUCCGGGGAACAAUUUGGAUUAUCUCAACCUUCAUUCCAACUUGCUUCAAGGACCAAUUCUUUCAACUUGCUUGAAUCCUCAAAUUCCAAAUUUAAAGGAGUUGGAAGUGAUCAUCAUUUCAAAGAACAAAUUGACAGGAAACAUCCCUUCUUCUAUUUGCAAUUUGAGUUCAAUUGAUGUUCUGGACUUGUCCGAAAACAACUUGAGUGGAACUAUUCCUGAUUGUCUUGGAAAUUUUAGCCAUCUCACGUUCUUGGAUUUGCAAAUGAACAACUUCAUUGGCAAGAUCCCUGAUUCUUUUGUGAGUAAUCAUUUGAACCAUCUUUUACUCAAUGACAAUCAACUGGAAGGAUUGGUACCGCCAUCUUUGGUUAAUUCUACUUCAUUGGAACUUUUAAAUUUAGGGAACAACAAGUUAAAGGAUAGAUUUCCCCAUUGGUUAGCUUCGCUUCCAAGUUUGCAAAUACUUAUCUUGAGAUUUAAUAGAUUUUAUGGAUCACUGCCUCAUUCUGUAGCUUCAUCAAACUUCUCUGCAUUGCGAAUAAUUGAUAUAUCUGGAAAUGAAUUUACGGGCACUUUGUCCACAAAACUCUUUCGAAAUUUGAGAGCAAUGAAAGAUAAACCUAAUGAGUGGUCGUACUCCACAGCUACAUAUGGUAAUGGCAGUUAUGAAGUUCCUGUGAAUGUAACAACAAAAAGAUUGGAGCUUGAAUUGACGAAGGCCGUGGCCUUUUUUGUAUCUAUCGACUUGUCAAACAACCAAUUCUAUGGAAAAAUUCCCGAGGACAUCGGGCAACUUAUUUCCCUGCAAAUGCUCAACUUCUCUCACAACAAUUUCACUGGUCCUAUCCCAGCAUCGUUUGGAAAUUUGGUAGCACUUGAAUCAUUAGACCUUUCAUCAAACAAGCUUGGCGGUAGCAUUCCUUCUGAAAUGACAAAUCUGACAUUUCUUGAAGUGUUGAAUCUUUCGGAAAACAAUCUUGUUGGACCAAUUCCUCAUGGGAAUCAAUUUUAUACCUUUGAUAAUGAUUCCUAUAGCAAUAACUUGGGAUUGUGUGGAUUGCCAUUGUCCAAGCAAUGUAUCAACCAUGAGGGGGGAGAACCUCCUUCACCAUUGGUGGUGGAACAUGAUGGUUCUAAAAUACCCUUCUUUUGGCAAGUUGUAAUGAUGGGGUAUGGAAGUGGAGUAGUGAUAGGAUUGAGCUUGGGUUACAUUGUAGUCACAACCGGAAGACCAUGGUGGUUUGUUAGAAUGGUGGAGAGAGAUUGGCAAUACAAUUUCACAAGGUGGGUACGAAGAAAGAGAGGAAGAAGAAACUAGCUCUGCAUCCAACAUCUUGCUUAGUGGCAUUGGAAAUCUGGGAUUGAAUUGGAUGGGAAAAUUCAUCAUGUUCAGCUUCCUUGAGAGGGAUUAAAAUAAAUCAGUGGGAUUGUUAAUUUAGCAAAUGAUAUGAGUGUAUUUGUAUUCAUUAUAAUUUCUAAAUUUGUAUUCGUGGGUGUUGUGUAGUAAUGUUUUAAGUAUUGCAUAAACUUAAACUAUUAAACAAAUAUUAC